AUGGAAAUCUACGUAGAUGAUAUGGUGGCGAAAACCUCAGCACAAGGCUCACAUUGUGACGACCUACAAGACAUCUUCAAACAAAUCCGAACAUCUAACAUGAGGCUCAACCCAGAAAAGUGUGCAUUUGGAGUUCAAGGAGGAAAAUUUCUCGGAUUUAUGCUAACCUCACGGGGAAUCGUAGCAAAUCCAGAAAAAUGUGAGGCUAUCCUCAAAAUGAACAGCCCGAAGACGAUAAAGGAGAUCCUAACGAAACCUGAGCUGGCUGGACGCUUAAUAAAAUGGUCUGUUGAGCUCUCGGAAUACGACAUACAAUAUCAACCAAGAAAAACACCAAGAUUGCAAAUACUAGCCGACUUCAUCGCUGAGUUAACUACCACAGACAACCAAACAGAAAAAAGCUGGAAACUAUAUGUAGAUAGCGCAUCAAACAAAGAAGGAAGUGGAGCAGGAGUAACACUAAAAGAAGGAGAACAAGUCAUAGCCGAGCAAUCACUACAGUUCUCCUUUACAGCUAGCAACAACCAGGCAGAAUAUGAAGCUCUCUUGGCCGGACUAAAGCUCGCCCAGGACCUACAAAUAUCUAAACUCACUGUAUACUGCGAUUCAUUGCUCGUCGUACAACAAAUCAAGGGUGAUUUCCAGGUAAUAGACUGGAGGACACCUUUCCUCGAGUACAUCAAAACAGGAGUUAUUCCAAAGGAAGAACAAAGUCCACAACUCUUCCGAAGGAGAGCAAGCUUCUACACAAUAAUCGGAGACAAUUUAUACAGGCGAGGAUUCUCGCAACCUCUCCUAAAGUGCAUCAACAAAGACGAUGCCGAGAUACUAAUGGCAGAGACACAUGAAGGAGUGUGCGGAAAUCACAUCGGAGGCCGAGCAUUGUCUGCCAAAAUACUACGAACAGGGUAUUUUUGGCCAACAAUGAAGAGAGAUUGCAUAGCCAAAGUAAAAGCAUGCGACAAUUGCCAAAAGCAUGCCACUAUCUCAACAACACCCGCUGAGAAAUCGCACACCCUGGAGGUAAGCUGGCCUUUCGAUAGAUGGGGAUUAGAUAUCCUCGGCCCCUUCCCGAAAGCGCCAAGACAGUCAGCAACAGGAGAGACCCUUUUCAAACUAGUAUAUGGAGCAGAAGCUCUUAUACUCGUCGAAAUCAGAACGCCAACCCUGAGAGCCGAGUUAUAUGAUCAAAACAGAAACAACGAGACAAGAUCGACAAACUUAGAUCUCGUCGAUGAGGAAAGAGAGAUAGCAACAAUAAAACAACAAGCGAUGAAACAACUCUUGCAAAAGCGACACAACAAAAGAGUGAUUCCUAGAACAUUCGAAAGUGGAGAACUUGUCCUCAGGAAAACAGAGGAAGAAGGAAAGCCCCAAAGUCAUGGAAAUUUAGCAGCAAAUUGGGAGGGCCAUUCCGAAUUAACAAGGUUCUUGGAAAAGGAGCAUACCAGCUAG